AUGGGACAAGCCGCUAGUAUUCCCUACAAUCACUGCCAUGUUAACUAUCCGAGACAGCCAAUUGGUAGUCCUGUACGAGCCAUUCAUGCACAAGAGCACCUGCAACAUAUACCUGCCGUUCCAUCAGCACCGGCUAUGGUUUCUCAGCCCAAUGCAAUAGUCGUUCCUCUACACUACUAUCCAAACAGUUUUUAUACUCCAUCAGCUGGUAAUGGGGGGUCGAUUAUUAAUCGCAUAGAAGAUAGAUUCACUGAGCUGAAUGAGCGGGUAACAGAAAGCUUAGAUGGAAACAGAUUUUACAACCAAGUUCGAGACCCAAAUAUUCCCAUACCACCAGGGCACAUUGUGCAGACAAACACUUACGUGCCCGUUUCGAUGAAUACUCCUCAAGGAGUGUACCCGCCGCCUCAAACAACGUCACAUGCUUAUUACGGAAGUCCACCUCCUUAUACUCCCACAGCUCCACAAUUUGAAGAGUCCUUAUAUCCCUCUUUCGAUGACAUGGAGAAGAAAAUGAAAAAUUUGGAAGUCGGCUCAAAAAGCUGA